UGCUCUCUGCAGCAUAGAGAGUUGAGACGAAGAAAGUUGGCCCUAAACCUCUCGAUUGCUUUGACAGAUAACGGUAAGGUAAGGUAAGGUAAGGUACCCAAGCUACAGUAUCCCUAUGUUCUCUGCAUGACGCUAGGGCCAAGCGGGAGUUGAUCUUGGGGCCAACAUCCAGAAAUACACGACUGAGUUUUACAGUAGGACGGAAUAUGUAUGCAAUCAACACCCAUCCAACACACGCUGGUGGUCCCUUGCGUGGCUGCAUGCUGCGGUACUGCUGCUGCGCGACGGGACGGCAAUAACUUGCACCAACCAACUCCAGACAGAGCCUGGACUGUGAGCCUCCUCUUGAUUAACGAUGUAGCGUUGAUUACAGAAGAGGGAGGCUGCGCCGCCAUGCUAUACCUAACGUUACGGGCAUCUAUCCCACCCCACCUUCACUGGGCUUGUCAUCACCAAGUUGCAACCAUCAAGUCCUGCAAGGUUGGAGGUUGCCAGUGCGGCCGACGACGUCGUUGCCCGUUGGUUCCAUGCUUUUUAUUGUAUCGGUUAUCAGCUUUUAGUUGCAUACCGAGUAGACUUCGUGUGGUGGCUGUUGGUUUAGUUGUCCAUCGGAGUUUGACCGGAGAUGAGGGCAACGAAGCUCCGGAAGCUGCAUUCCUCGGCUAUAGUCUACACGUGUGUAGACAAAAAGGGGGAGAAACAAUGGGCAGAAAGAAGAUGCAACACGAUCAGCGCAGUCCUCGAGCAUUAACGGUAUUCCUUCCUUGUGGUCAGCCUGUGUUGCCCCUUGCACGAUGCAACCCACACUCGUUACUCGCGGUGCGCCCAGAAAGGAAAACAGGGGGUUUCCGAAAACGGGAUCGAGGCUGCAAGAUGCAACAGCGGGCUCAAAAUGGCCUGUUGGUGGGGGCAAGAGAGGAGAACAAUUACGUCUUGUCUGAUCCCCUCUCCGUUUUCUGCCCUCCUCCCGUCCUCCCCGUCCGUCGUCGUGCAAACGCCCUCGCUACGAAUGUGGACCAAGAUCUUGCCCAGGCCGUGGAUCGUGACAACCACAGGACGUAGCCUUUUGCGGGGCUAGGUAGCUAAGGUCCCUGAUCGCGGGUGCUUUUUCGCUACCACGGAGCCAUUGAUCCUUUGGCAGAGGUAUUUUCGCAUCCUGCUGCCGUCAAUUGGCUCUUUUUGCAGAUGAUCAAGACUGUUGACCAGCAAAUAAAAGACAUGACCCGAUCAUGUGGAUUCUCUUGUCGAGAGCAGCUGCUGCUUCACGGCCUUCUCACUCGCUCACCACGGGGAGGUCGGGAUCUCGGCGGUUUCUCGUACUCCUCCGCCUGUGCCGU